AUGACACUUUUCAAGAAAAAAAUCUACGUGGAAUUAUUUUCUCCGGUCGGUAUUUUCUCCGGUAUUAGCAAUGUUUCAAAACAAAAUUCAAAAUCAAUUUUUUUUCUUUUUUUCUGCGAAAAAAUGUCAAUUUUCCGGGAAUUUGUCAUCAUUCUUUCAAUUUCAUUCAUUUUUAUCAAUUAUUUUUUUUCUCCUUGAAAAUUUUUUCGAGACAAAAAAAAAAGAAUUCUGGAUCUAAAAAAAUGGAAAUCUGAUAGUUUUUUGUUUGAUCCGGUCUCGGGUUUUUUCCAGAUUUUCCUAUUUUUGAGAGAGAGAGAGAGAGAGAGAAAACGAGCACAGGAGAAAAAGAUUUGUUUUUGGUCCCUUUUUUGCCAAGGUGUUUUCCGGAGCUCUGAACCAAAAAACAGAGAUUUUUAAUAGAAUAACUGGAUUUUUCUUUCCUUUUUCUUUUUUCUUUCUAUUUUUUCUUUUUGUGUUGUAUUUUUGAGCCCCCGAAAAAAUAAGGAAAACAUGGAGUUAUCAAGAUUUUCGUGAAAUUGGACCCUUGGGAUUGAGACUUGUUUUUUUUUUUGAAAAUUUCAAAGUAAAAGAGUCUUUUGAAAUUGUUUCAAAUACAAAAAAAUCGGAAUUUUAAUUUUAAUUUUUUGCAGGAAAGUGUUAUCGAACGACUUCGUGAACUGAUUUUCCAGUGUGAACAGACGACCAAAGCGUGUACUGUUCAUUAUUUUACUGUGAGUUUUGUUGGGGAAAUUUGGAUAAUAAGUUUGAAACUUCGGCUUGAAUUUGAACUGUUUUUGUUUCUAAUUUCAUUUAUUCAAAAUCUUUGAUCAAUUUUUAAAUUUUUAUGAGAUUUCAAAAUUUUGUUUUUUUUUAAUUUCCUGCUGCCCUAGAUUACUGUAGUUCUUGGCGCCAGAGAUCCAUUUCACUUUCAUUCAAAAAUAAAUCUGAUAUUCUCUUUUUUUCACACCAAAGAUGAUUUUUGUAAUUUGAUAUUAUAUUUUUUCUGAUCUUUUUUUAGAUUCAAUUCAAUGAAAUUUGGAAGUUUCAUUCAAAAUGAAAUUGAAGCACUUUUUGGCGCCAAAAAUAGAAAAAGUUCACAUCAUUUUUCACGCCUUCAAAAAUAUCAAAUUUCAAUUUCAUGUGAAAGUUUUUGAGGCGAGAAAAUGUCAUUCAGAAGUUUUUUGGAAGCUUUCGGUAGAAGCUAAAAGUUUGAAAGUUCUUUUUCCAAUUUUCACCCAAAUUUCUCAUUUUUGCAGUCUUUGGCCGCAUUGUGGGCUCGUUUGCCGGGAGCAUUUCACGAAUUGUCGAAUGCGACAAGAGAUUAUCAGCCCGGCACUGAAUACAUGGCCUUUCUACAGACACUUCCAACAAGAGCAGCGUCGAGUAGCAGUUUGGUUCGGUUAGUUUUUGGAGGGAAAUAAAAAAAAACCGGGAUGUUUGGUGAAAUAAAAAUGUUUAAAUUGCGAUAAUUGGAAAUUGAACUAGGUUACUGUAGAUAUAUUUUAAAACAAAAAGGUAUUCUUGAUUUAAAAUUUUUGAAAAUUUUUAAAAUUUUAGCCUGAAAUUCUGGAUUUUUUCGAAGAUAUUUUCUGACAAGUUUUUAAUGUAGAUUUUUUUCUUUUAAAAAGGUUAGCUUUAUUUUUCACAAAUUACAAAAUGCACUUUUCUUUCCAAAAAACAUAUUACGAAAGUGAGAAAAUCUGGGUUGCCAGGAGAUAUUUUGUGAAAUAUUUAUUAGUUUUUUUGACAUGUCAUUUUUUGGUGUCAAGAAAAUUGAGGGAAAAUGGUGUAACAAUUUACAGUUUCUAAAAAAUUUGACACGUGGCAAAAACUAUAAAAAAAGAAAUUUCAAAUAUACAGUAACUUUAACAUUAACCCAAUUUCUCAAUUAUUUUCAGAUCUGAUAGAUCAAUCGAUGAAGGUGUUGCAUCAUGUGAUGGAAGUUCAUCACUAACUUCACUUCGUCGAAAUGCAAUAAAUCCAGAUGACGAAGGAGUUUUACCUGACACAAAACGCCACAAGAAAACAAGUUAUGCUGGCCGAACUUUUGACAAUCAUGAAAUAUCAGCCGCCGCCCAAUCUCAUCAUAUUCAACGAACUGUUCAACCGUCGAAAUGUUCUUCUUGUGACACAUUAUCGAUUUUAUAUACGGUUCAGUGUAUGGAUUGUGGUGGACAAUGGCAUAAAGCAUGUUUUCCGAGGGUGAGUAUCAUAUUUUUGGCGCCAAAAACUUUUUCAUAUUAUUCGAAAUUCCGAAAUUUUGUUUCUCGACAACAUUUGAAAAAUUCAAAAUUUUUCCAGAUAACGCAGGUCUGUGGCCAACCCGCAAAACCCGUCGAUCGCCGAACUUCAAUAUUUGGAGUCCCCCUCAAAGGUCAUCUCGAAAAUCAGAAUCGACAAAUCCCCCUGAUUCUCGAAAAAUCAAUAGAUCAACUUCAAAGAAGAGGACUACGAGCCAAGGGAAUUUAUCGAACUUGUGGUGUAAAAUCAAAAAUUGAGGAAAUCUGCAAUGCUUUCGAAAGAUGUAAAUCUGAUGAUGAAGUUGAUUUGGAAAAUGAGAAUCCGAUGAAUUUGGCAUCUGUGGUGAAAUUGUAUUUGAGAAAAUUACCCGAACCACUUUUUACCUAUGAACUUUAUGAUGAAAUGGUUAGAUUAGGAACUGAAUUUUGUUCGAAAAACUCAAAUUCAAAUUCAAAUGAAGAAGAAAUCAAGAAUUUGCUUCGAAAAUUACCCGAGCAUAAUUAUGAAACUCUGAAAUUCAUAAUGCUUCACCUAAAUAGAGUUUCAUGGUUUCAUGAAAUCAAUCUAAUGGGACCAUCAAAUUUAUCAACUGUGAUAGCACCAUCCCUUUUAUGGAUGUCGCCAAAACGCCAAGAUUCGGAGAAAAAUGCAAUUCUUCAUACCGCAUAUACCAAUAAAUUUGUGGAAAUUAUGAUACGAAAUGCGUAUUCGCUUUUUGGAGUGGAUAAAUUGACAGAUUGGCAAGAGUUUUUUGAAAAAUAUGGCGUUGAAGAACCGCCAAAAGAAGAGGAAGAAGAAGAAGAAGAAGAGGAAGAAGAUUGUGGAAAUGAAAGUGAUAUUGAAGAUUUGGAAGAUGAUGAAGAUGAUGAUGAGGAACUAUUUCUACCACCGACACCGGAUAUUUUGAAAAAUACGAGGAAACAACCGGUGGAACAGACUGCAAGUUUGCCGAAUACAAAAAGUUAGUUUUUUGUGGUACACGGUGAGAUUUUCUUUACGUCGCUUGAACAAAAAGACCGUCGUGAAAUUUCUGCUGAAGAGGGCUAAGUACGCUAAGUAGAAGUAGUAGUUUUUGAAACCGUGAGAUUUUUCAACAAAAAAAUUAAAAUGUUUUUGUACAAUUUUACAAAUUUUUACUUGCGAAAUUCUUUUCAUACUUUGUGGCAGCGUUUUCGAAGCUGGAACAUUUUAAGACUGGUGUUUUUACUAGGCUGGCAGAAAUAAUACAAUAGUACAAUAUUGUUAGAAAUGCCAAAAUGCCCACACAGAAUACAACUCACGUUUUUUUAAUGGGACCAGAAUGCAAUAAUGCAAAAAUACAAAAUUUUUUGUUCAGCCAAAAUUUCAACGAUUUUGUGUUUCUUUUUGUAUACAAAAUGAAUAACAUUAAAAGUGUUCAUAGAAAGCAAGUCGAAUAUUAUAGAAAACAAGAGAAACCAAGGUAAAAAACCUUUAAUCAUAUUUUAGUGGUGUUCAGUGAAACGUUUUUGAGGUUUUUCUUCUUGUAAUCUCUAUUCUCGUAAAUUUGCCAUCUUUUGCUGCAAAGAUUGUGAAAUUUGGUUAAGUAUGAACGAUUUUAGCAUUUUUUGUGAAAAAACGAAAAAUGGUUUUGAGGUUGGCAAAAAAAUUCACAAACCGUCAUGUUGUCUGGCGUCUCUUUUAUGUGUUUCUAUCUCUCAUUUUCUCUCCUCCUCCCUCGUCUCUUCUACACACAACACUCUCUCGUUUAUUUUUUCAAUUCACAGCUGCAAAAACCGAUUGUGCGCCAGCAAUGUCUCCUGCACUCUUCUCUCUCGCCCUCCACGGGCGUGUGUGUUUGUCGGCGUCUCUAUAGGCGCACACACUCUCUCGCCGAAAAUUUUUUUUUUAAAUUUUUUCUCGAAUUUUUCGAAAAAAGCUGAAGUUAACGGAAGUUUCAACAAAUGAACAUCGUACAUGAGAAGAUAGAGGAGAAUGAGACGAAAACAGAGAAAUAUAAUUUGUUGAGUGAAAAAAUUCAUUAGACGUGAAAAACGUGAGAUUUUGAAGUACCCUCACAAAAAAGCGAUUUUUGAAAUAAUGAAGCAAAACUUUCAAACUUUUCAUAUGAAAUAAGAUGUUUCAUAUACUUAUGUUGAAAAAAGAAAGAAGAACUUCUUACCGGACAAUGAAUUUGUACUGUUAGACGAUAGAAUAACCAUCCUUUGUCUUAAAAAUUUCUAAGAACCGAUGUUUUUCGGGAAAAAUUUCAACAGUUAUUUGAAAAAUUACAAGUAUGGCUUACAAUUUUAUGAUAAAAUCAUAUUUUGUUUUCGCUGAGAUGAUUCUGAAGCUUUUGAAGCAGGGUCUCUUCUAACAAUCAGAAUACCACAUUAAUCAUUGAAAUUUGAAGUUCUAUCCCACAGUUCCUAAUUUUGCGGCACUUUUUGAUCAAAAUUUGAAGAAAAUCAACACAACUCAAGUUGAAAGCAGCAAAAAUUCAUUAAAAAUCUGUUAUUUGAAUAGUAUUAUCAACUCCACUUCGUCCAUGAUCGAAACCGCUGAUUUCACUUGGUUGACGUUCGCAAUACCUGAAAACAUCAUUGUUUGUUUAAAUUAAACAGUGUUGAAUCACGGACAUAUGAAAUAUUAGUUCUUAUUAAAAUAAAAUGCGAUGAAAAUGAAAAUAUAAUUUUACUUUUCGAAAAUGAACGGUAGAAAUGUUAUUUGAACAUGUAUCUUGAUAUAGUUUUUGCUGCUGAGAAAAAUAGGCUAAGUCUUGAUAUUCCCCCAUGCCUCUAUCAUGGUGAAAUAACGUCAAAAUGACGGAAACAUUGAAUUUUUAUUAUUUCUUCAAUUGAUUUUACUAUUUUAUAAAAAUCAAUCAAAAAUAGGAAUUACCUUCAAUAAAAUGUUCCAUAGAAUCCCAAAACUCUCCUCGUGAGUCUCUCCACGUGAUCUCUUUCGUGAAUUUUUUGUCAAGUUGGCAAUAAAUUGGACUCUUUUGUCGAAAUAAUUGUUUUUUGGGACUUUCCGACAUCUUCAUGUUUCCGUCAACUCGUAUCAGGCUCAUCUGAAUAUAAAAUCAUAAUUUUUUGAUAAAUUUAGAUACGAAGAACUCACUUUUCAACAAGAAAAAUAUUGUUUCGGCGACCUCGAAAAAUGCCUUUCCAAUGUAUCUCAUCUCACUUAAAAUCAUCGCAAAAUCAUCUCCAACCAAUUGUAUAUUCAUUCCAACUCAUAAAAAUUCAAAUUCGAUCAAUUCCAGAAUAAAAAAAAAUUUCUUCGAAAAAAAUGGACUUCAUAAAAACAACUUUAGCAUCCGUCAGCCCCAUUUUCAUCACUCGAUCCAAACAUAAUAAAAUUCUCCUUUAAAUUCUCUACAAACCAUAGUCUGUCCGAAUAUGUGAAACUUCCUGAAAAACUCACAAAAAAAUAAAAAAGAAGAAAAAAAUUAAUUUUCUGAUGGAAAAAAACAAAAAAAAAGAAAAUUUUUUCUCGUCCAAAAACCGAAAACGCGUCAAGUGCUGGCGCGUUUCGCGCGAUCAUUCAGUUUUUGCAGCUGUGAAUUUGGUUUUUUCCGUGAAAUCAGGAAAUUUCACGAUUUUCACCAAGAACAUCAUAUAUGAGAGAAUAGAGAAAUACAAGGCAAAGACAGAAAAAUAGAAUAGAAUUAUAAAAUUCAACAUAGGAUUGCAAAACAUGAGCGAAAAACCUAUAAUCAUAUUUUUUGGUGUUUGGAGAAAAGUUUUCUAGGUUUUUCUUCUUGCAAUCUUUAUUCUAGUAAAUUUGCUAUUUUUUGCUGCAAAGAUUGUAAAAUUUGGUUAAGUAUGAACGAUUUUAGCAUUUUUUGUGAAAAAACGAAAAAUGGUUUUGAGGUUGGCAAAAAAAUUCGCAAACCGUCGUGUUGUCUGGCGUCUCUCUUAUGCGUUUCUAUCUCUCAUUUUCUCUCCCUCUCUCUCGUCUCUUCUACACACAACACUCUCUCGUUUAUUUUUUCAAUUUGGUUUUUUCCGUGAAAUCAGGAAAUUUCACGAUUUUCACCAAGAACAUCAUAUAUGAGAAGAUAAAGAAAGACAAGACAAAAGAAGAAAAAUAAAAAUAGGAUUGUAAAAUUUAACAUUAGAUAUAAGUUAUUUUUUUCGAAAAAACUGAAACUAAAAAAGCGCGAAAAAACGUUGUAUUAUUGAAUUUUUGCAAAUCGGAAAAAUUGCAAAAUUGUAUUUUUUUAACGUGUAUAAAAUAAAUAUUGCAUUUUUGGGACCACAUUACUACAUUUUUGUCAGCCUAGUUUUCACAUUUUGAACAUCUAGAAAUUUUUUGUAUGUGAAGUUUUGGCAAAUGAGAAAAUGACAUAGAGAGCUCAGAAAUUGCUAAAAAUUCAGAGUUUUUUCAAUAUUUUCUCACAUGCUUCAUUUUUUUCUUACAGUAACCCUUGACCGUUCUCGUCGGUCAACAGAAGUUGUGCAUCGCAGAAAUCCGACUCGAAAUAACUGUGAUAUGGAUAAACGGAAAAGUUAUACAACUUCAAUUGUGAUAAGCGAUUCAGCUGGUUCAGAUCAAAUUAAUCAAGUUAUAGAAUAUGGAAAUGAUGAGAAAAAUCAAAAAGUUUGUGUUUUUUUUUUGAAAGCAGUGCAUUUUUGUGCCGAAAAUGUGUGAAAACUAACCAUUUCUACCUCUUCUAACCCCCAUUUUCUUUGUCAUUUUUUUCUCUUCGAUAAAACAAGGAUUUAGGUUGAAUCGACACGGCUUUAA